GGACCUUUCGCUGUACUCUAUAAUACGUUUGAAAUCCUCGAUGGGUCCCGCGUUGACCCGCUCGACCCCAAUAAUAGAACCCGGAAGCUAAUGCUCUCGUCCUUCUAUCCCGUAGAAAGCUCUAAGUGCGAACAAAUAUGCACUGCUCCAUACGUAUCGCAAAACAUAGCACCGUACGUUGAUCAAUUUGGCGCUUCAAUCGGCAUCCCUAGUGGCAAACUGGACAAGGUGGCGUUGCAAGUGUGCUGCAAGACGACCGGUGAUGAGAACAAGAACGCAAGCAAUAUCCCGCUCGUAUUCCUUCUUCAUGGCUUCGGUGGCACCCGACUUAUCCACAGUGCUCUCGCUGAGGAGCUAGCGAGUGCAGGAUUUGCCGUUGUCACUAUGGAUCACACCUUUGAGUCCCUCGCUGUGGAGUUCCCGGACGGAUCGGUCGUCACAGGGCUCAACGAUCCAUCCUGGGACCCGACUAUCCCGGGGCGACUGGAACCUCUGCAAGACAUACGCGUUGAUGAUGUUCGAUAUGUGCUCUCGCAGCUCAAGAGCAUGGAGGUCGCAGCGAAGGUGUUACCUGGAGCCUUGACUGGGUUCAACACAGAGCGUGUUGCGGUCUUCGGACACUCCUUUGGCGGCAGCACUUCUAUCAAGCUACUUAUGACCGACUCGCGCUUUGUCGGAGCUCUCAACCUGGACGGUCAGCAAUUUGGCACUAUAACUGAUAUGCAGCAGCCUGCCGUGCUGUUUGGCACGACCGGCGUAACUCCGAAUCCACAUAACUCUACAAUAGACGUUACCUGGGCGGAGACGCUGCGGCAUUUGAAGGGGUGGAGGGCGGAGAUUGGUUUAAACAAUAUUACGCACUUUGGAUUCACCGACGUGUCAUACCUCAACGGAACAGGGGCGCUCACGCUUUCGAAGGAGGUAGUGGAUAGUCUGGUUGGGAAGCUGAAUGGAAGAAGAAGUUUCGAGAUUGUGUCGACGUAUGUGACGGCAUUUUUGGACUCUGUACUAAGAGGAGGGAACACGACGCUCUUUGAUGGAACGAGCCAAAAAUUUCCUGAGGUCGUUGUG